AUGGAUUCUGAAGAUAUUAUGGAAUCUUCAACAAGAGAUACUACGGAUAAGCAACAAGUAUUAUAUCGAAAGAAAAGUGGAUGUCCAAAAGCUGCAUUGGUUAAGAGGCAAACCAAAAGUAAUGGAAGUCAUCUUGCAUUAUGUUGUGAGAAGGUUUCUGAUUAUGUUAGUAAUGUGUCGUAG